AUGAGAUUAACGAAUAAUGAUUCGGGAAGCGGACCUGCCAGCUUGUUAUCCGACAAAUCGAGAAAAGUGAGGUUGGGACAGUUUAGUAUGAAACCUGGGAAUUCCAAGUUGAGGCUUCUCAAAUUUCCAAUCUCGGGUGGAAUGGAAUGUUGUAGAAAGUUGUUGCUGAGGUCCAAGAACGAGAGGCGGGAUAAGUUGCCGAUAGAGGGUGGGAUUGGGCCUUCGAGACUGUUCCCGUUGAGGUUGAGAAGCGUGAGGUUAGGGAAUGAGGCGAAGUCGAGGCUGUCCAAAUUACCUGUGAGGCCAGCGUUUGGUAAGUUGAUACGGGAAAUCGGGCCCCCGUUUGUGGUGCAGAGUAGCCCGGCCCAUGAGCAGAGGCUUGUGAUGUUGUUGAGGGACCAUGAGGCUAGGUAUGGAGAUGGUGAUGAUAAGGUGUUUUUCCAUCUUACUAAUGCCUGUGCUGCCUGUGCUUGUGUUGUGGUUGUGGAGGAAUUUGUUUGGAGAGGGAAAAGGGUGAGGACAAAAAUGUGCACAAAGGAAAUGGAUCUUGUGUUGUACUUAUUCAUGGCUGAGCUGCUUUUGGGUUUGGUUUGCUUUCUGGUGGAGGCAAAUAGUGUUUAUUGCCAUUAA